AUGUUUUACAUACACUACAUAGGACUCAAUAGGAGAUAUGACAAAUGGAUUGAGAGUUCAGAACUAAUUUUGAACAACCCUUCCGAGAUAGAACUCCCCAGAAAGAAAAAAAAGUUUGAGGAGAAGGCACCACCGACAGAAAAUAAACACACAACACCAAGAUCUCAUUUAGAAGAUGAGUUUCGGAUUAAAAACAUAGACAAAAUCUGUAUCAGAAACUACCUUGUUGAUACAUGGUAUUUUAGUCCAUAUCCAAAGGAUGUUAUUAGAAAUGGAACUGUCUAUCUGUGCGAAUUUUGUCUGUACUACUUUUCAACACAGGAACAGCUCAGUGAACACUGUUUAGGAUGUGAGCUAAGACAUCCCCCAGGUACAAAAAUAUAUGAAGAAGGUGAGCUGAGCUUUUUUGAAUUAGAUGGCUAUAUACAGAAGAACUACUGUAGAAAUCUAGCACUGUUAUCCAAGCUUUUUUUGGAUCAUAAAUCCUUGUACUAUGAUGUUGAUGUAUUUAUGUUCUAUGUUUUAUGUCACAAGGAUGAAUAUGGAUAUCAAAUUGUCGGUUAUUUUUCCAAAGAAAAGUGUUCAGAGCAGGGAUACAAUCUUGCAUGUAUUUUGACACUGCCAUAUGAGCAAAGAAAGGGCUAUGGCAAGGUCCUUAUUGAUUUUUCAUACAUGCUGUCUAAGAAGGAUAAGAAAAUUGCAAGUCCUGAAAAGCCUCUAAGUGACCUGGGGCUUCUUUCGUAUCGAGCAUAUUGGCUUGAGGUAAUUUUGGAAGAGCUUGUCCAAUGUAAGGAUAUAAGUAUAAAAGGCACUAUCACAGAAGACGUGCAUUACUGA